AUGGCCUGCUGCAAAAAUAACAACGGACAAUCGACGUGCCAAUGUGCAUCCUCGAGCUCUUCCUCUUCGUCCUCGUCACCGACUGUCCAAAAAGUAGCGCUCCCAAAACGCAAGCGCAACGACGACGACAUAUCGAACAAGCCCCCUGUGUGGUCCAUCAACUCGUCUCCCAACCAAGAUGCGCCUCUGCCCAGCAAGUGCGACAGACACAGCGAAGCACGUGAAGGAGUCUGCUGCAAAGAACUCAAGGGCGAUGACGAGCGCAACUUGAUUGACCCAGAUAUUGUCCGCGACGUAAUCAUCGGUCUAUCUGACGGCUUGACUGUUCCAUUUGCUCUCACAGCCGGUCUCUCCUCAAUCGGAAACUCACGCUUGGUCGUUAUUGGUGGAAUUGCCGAGUUGAUUGCCGGUGCUAUUAGCAUGGGCGUUGGUGGAUUCCUCGCCUCGCAAGCGGAACGAGACCACUUUAGAUACCUCCGCCGCACGACCCGGGACCGCGUACUGCGCUCAUGCAGCGGUGAAAUGGAGCGCGAGGUCCAUGCGGUUCUUGGGCCCGUUGGCGUAUCCGAACAAACUUCUCGUUCGCUCGCUACAGAAUUGCGCCAAGUCGAAGUCGACGUUUCGGCUUCUUCCACCGCUACGCCCGAUACCCAUGGAACGGUAACCAAACGACAGAGCUGGAUGAGCCUUGGCACGUGGGGCCGCAAGACUGCUAUGCCCGCCCAGGUGGUCGAGGAAGAGUCUCAGCCCUUGAGGUGGCAGGAAGAUGUCGGUUUGACAGCGUUUUUGCUCAAGUUUGGUGAAGGAAUGGAGGAAGUCCCAACUGCUCGUUUGUACAUUUCGGCGUUUACCAUUGGAGCAGGAUACCUCGUCGGAGGCCUUGUUCCCCUCGUUCCGUACUUCUUUGUUGAUAGCGCCCGGAUCGGGUUGUUGUAUUCUUGCAUUGUAACCGGCAUCACCCUCCUCAUUUUCGGGGCCGUCAAGACGCACUAUACAGGCGCAACCGGCGGAACAGGCGGCUAUAUCUGGGGCGCCGUCUCUACUCUCCUCGUCGGUGGCUUUGCAGCUGGAGCAGCAUUCGGAAUCGUCCACGCACUCGAAGCCUCCGAGUAA